CGGUCUUUGCUGUUGUCGUUUAGGCUCGAAUUCUACAUUCCCUCGGGGACCUAAUUACUUGAACUUUUGGAUCACCAUUCGGUCGUAGCCCUCCCGUCUGCGUCCUGCCUUGUCUACGAGAUGGGAAAUGUGCCACUAGAUCAAGUCGGGCUUGUUUCCAUCAUCAUAGAGUCUCUGAUAUUCGGGAUCUCGACGGCCAUGUUCGCAGCGGUGCUCCGGAUCGUGCUCUUCCAAGCUUCCUUCCGAUGGAACUCCUUUGGCCUGGCGCUGCCGGUGAUGUCGCUAAUAUGGAUCCUCUCCGCCGGCCAUUGGGUAGUCGACAUCGUCCGCAUAGAGCAGGCAUUCCUUCACGAGCCAGACCGAAUAGCGUACCUUGCAGACAUCUCGGACUCUCUGGAGGCGGCCAAGAUAGGCAUCUAUGUCACGGUUACGUUGAUUGGGGAUUGCUUCAUGAUAUAUCGAUGCUGGGUCGUCUGGCGAAAAGCGUACCUCGUUGUCAUUUUCCCCGUCCUCCUUUGGCUGUGUUCGGGCAUCUCGGGGUACGGCGGAACGCACGCGCUCUCCCUUACGAAGCAGGGCGGUAUCUUCCUGGCAGAGCUCGUACCCUGGAUCACCACCUUCUUCUCCACGUCGCUGGCUACGAACGUCAUCUGCACACUGCUGAUUGCCUAUCGGAUUCUGCAGUCUCAGAUGGCUGUGCGGAAUACUCGGGUAGCGCAGAGCCGAGUUAUGUCAGCGAUGAUUAUCUUCCUUGAAUCUGCCGCUCUCUACUCCUCGACGUUGAUAGCGCUUUUGAUCACCUACCAACUCGGGUCAAAUGUGCAAUUUAUCAUCGUAGAUCUGACGUCUCCCCUCAUCGGAAUCACGUUCAACAUGAUCCUCCUCCGACUCGUCGGCGAACGCGCCUCGUCAGCAGAAAUCAGCACGGGCCCGGCGCAUGCCUCAGCUCGAGGAGAGGGCGUCAACGUCUCGCGCUUGGUGGAGGUGGUGAGGGACAACGGGUACGAGAUGGAGUCAUUCAGGGAUAGGGUCAAGAUGGGAGAUGUUUAAAAUUUUUACUGCAAGAAGGUUGUAAUCGUCGCGUAAUGCAAACAGGGACUUUGAGUUGUCAAACGUUGCGAGUCGGCGAACAUUCCGGGUCUCCGAUCGAGGGAUUUCUGACCAGUGCUGCGGAAGUGCUGCUAGAUCGAAAAUGAAUCAGAUCAGACGGCGGAAGAUGGCCCAAAGUGCUCCACAAAAUGUGCGAGAGAGUCAUGGUUUGCAUGUUGCCCCCUACCCUGUUUGCUUCAAAAACAGAUCCACUCCCG